UUUUGGUGCCUCUUUCUUUCUUCUUUCUUAUUCUGCAUGCACACGCCUUCUUUCUCUCUCUCUCUGUUUCAACCUCUCUUAUUCUCUUAUAUUCUCUCUCCGGUUACCGUCCAUUCAAAUCUCUCUCUGGUUCCUCUCCUCUGUUCAGAUUCAGACAACCUUCCGAUCACACUCGCCACCGCUCUUCCACGCGAAUGCGAAUCCUAAACCUCAUCACUCGCGGCGCCCGCACUUCGUAGAGACUUCCGGUGACCGGAACUUCUACUUACGAACUUCCGGCGACGCGGAGCGGCCACUCGAGAGGGCGUGGAAUUGGAGUUGAAAAUGGAGUCAAGGAGCUGCAUGAACGUGGCGUGCGCCACCUUGACGACGAUUCGGUGGCGCAAAGGCUGGGCCCUGCGAUCCGGCGAAUUCGCCGAUCUCUGUGAUAAGUGCGGUUCUGCUUAUGAGCAAUCAACAUAUUGUGAUACUUUUCAUUCAAACGAUUCUGGUUGGAGAGAAUGCACGUCGUGUGACAAGCGUCUCCAUUGUGGAUGCAUUGCUUCUAUGUCUCAGCUUGAAUUAUUAGAUACUGGUGGUGUAAGCUGUAUAAGCUGUGCAAGGAAUUCAGGACUUCAACCUAUUGCAAUCAAUGAAAAGCCUAAUGGAUCAGGGACUUCAAAGGUAAUAGAUGUCAGUGCGCAGCAGUGCACUUCUCUGGCUAACCAAUUAAACGUGAGGGGUAUGCAAGGAGGGCAUUAUGCAGAGAAUGAUGGUCUCCGGUGCUGGUUCAAACCGCAUAAAAUUGAAACAGAUGGGCCUUCUACAGAAAUGAAACCAGAAAUUUUGCCUUCUGUUGGAGAACUUGGAAGCACUUUGAUAUCACAAUUUCAUUUUGAGUCUAAUGGAUCAUCCAAGGCUUCCAAAGCAGAGAGCUGUAAGGCAGACACAGAAAUACGAGAUAUAUAUGAAUCUUUGGCACAAACUAAUUUAAGUAUGACCCUUGCUACUCCCAUAGGAAAUUCAAACCCCUUUCAUAGUUCUGUUGUUGAUGAAAGGGAACAAAGUAAGACAUCUUCACUUUUAUUGGGAUCAAGGUCUCGCCAUCUUUUACCUAAGCCCCCUAGGUCAACCAGUGGCACAGGCCUAGAAAUAAAUGCUGGUAUGGUAUCCCAGAUUCGUGUGGCAAGGCCACCCGCUGAAGGUCGGGGAAGGAAUCAGUUGCUUCCGCGUUAUUGGCCCAGAAUUACUGAUCAAGAGUUGCAACAAAUAUCAGGAGAUUCAAAUUCCACUAUCGUGCCACUCUUCGAAAAGAUGCUGAGUGCAAGUGAUGCUGGUCGAAUUGGUCGCCUGGUUUUACCAAAAGCAUGUGCUGAAGCAUAUUUCCCUCCAAUUUCUCAACCAGAGGGCCUUCCUUUACGAAUCCAAGAUGUGAAAGGAAAAGAAUGGAUGUUUCAAUUUAGAUUUUGGCCAAAUAAUAACAGCAGGAUGUAUGUUUUAGAAGGUGUAACCCCCUGCAUUCAGUCUAUGCAAUUGCAAGCUGGAGAUACUGUAACAUUUAGCCGUAUGGACCCUGAGGGGAAACUUAUAAUGGGGUUUAGAAAGGCCACAAAUUCUACGGCAGUACAGGAAACACUACCAUCUAAUAUGCCCAAUGGUUCUCAUUCAAGUGAAACUUCCUAUUCUGGUGUUUAUGAGAAUCUACCUAUAUUAAGUGGUUACUCUGGCCUUCUUCAGUCACAAAAGGGAUGUUCAGAAACCCACCUAAAUGUGCUGUCUAAAAAAUGGAACUCUGCUGGUGGUGACAUGAACUGGCAUAACAUUGACAUUCCCGAAAGCAGGAAAAGAGAGGGGUUGCCUUUGCCACCUGUGCUGGUUCCUGAGAAGAAAAGAACUCGGAAUAUUGGGUCAAAAAGUAAGAGGUUGCUUAUUGAUAGCCAGGAUGCACUGGAGCUGAAACUUACUUGGGAAGAGGCUCAGGAUUUGCUUCGACCACCUCCUGCUGUAAAGCCAAGCAUUGUCAUGAUUGAGGAUCAGGUUUUUGAAGAGUAUGAAGAACCUCCUGUCUUUGGAAAGAGGAGUAUAUUCGUAGUUCGAUCAGCUGGGGUGAAUGAGCAGUGGACGCAGUGUGACAGUUGCUCAAAAUGGCGGAAGUUGCCAGUUGAUGUACUAAUUCCCCCUAAGUGGACAUGUGUUGAGAAUUUAUGGGAUCAGAGCAGGUGUUCAUGUGCUGCUCCCAAUGAAUUGAACCCAAGGGAACUGGAUAAUCUUCUGAGGUUGAAUAAAGAAUUCAAGAAACAAAGAUUCGCAGCUAGCCAGAGACCAGCCCUGGAUCAUGAAUCUUCAGGACUGGAUGCUUUGGCAAAUGCAGCAAUACUUGGAGAUGAUGCAAGUGAAUCUGGGAGGACACCAGUCGUUACCACCACAAAACAUCCCCGGCAUAGACCUGGGUGUUCUUGCAUUGUCUGUAUCCAGCCACCAAGCGGAAAGGGAAAACACAAACCUACUUGCACGUGCAAUGUGUGCAUGACAGUUAAACGACGGUUUAAAACCCUGAUGAUGAGAAAGAAGAAGCGUCAAUCGGAACGUGAAGCUGAGAUAGCACAGAGAAAUCAGUUAGCAUGGCGGACCAAGGACGAAUCAGAAGUAGACAGCACCUCACGACAUUUAACUCCAGUUGAUGGUUUGGAGAAUGAAGUAAGGACGCCAAGUGAGUUGGACCCAAGGACUCCUCAAGACCAAGUUGCUGAAGCUGCCAAGGGACAAUUAGAUUUGAAUUGUCAACCUGAUCGAGAAGAAGCGCAAACUGGGCCAAAUAAUGUGAGCAUGACAAGUCUUCUUGAAGAAGCAAAUCUGCCGUUGGAGACCUACCUGAAGCAAAAUGGCCUUACUAGUUUGAUAUCAGAGCAGCAAACAAAUUCAGCUUCAAAUGUGCAGCAGGCACAGACAACCAACGAGAGUGAGGGAAGACAAAAUGAGGAUUGCGGUACGGCUUCAGUUAUUCAUGAGCAGGAUAGCAGUCAUGAAGACAACAGUGGGCAAGACAAAGACCAAAACAAUUCACUUUCAUAAAAUCUUACAGUUACAUUUUUUUCCCUUCUUUUUACUUCGAAAUUAUUUUACAAAAAUCGUUCUUGCAUUAGUUAUAAAAUUAUAGGAGGUUCUUUUGUAUGUCUAUAUAUUUGUUAUUGUUUGUCUUGAGAAAUUUCCCCCAAAACUCAAUAGCCUAUAUAUACACGCAAAAGUUUGUGUUUUAUGGUUGUAAACUAGUGAGACAAGGAGUGGAAGGUGGUUAGUACCUCCGUGCUGUUACAAGUUACAACACCUUGUUUUUUUGUAUUUUUGGUCUCUGUGACUGAAUAAGCAUUGCUUGCUUUCUUUUUUGU